AUGGCGCGAAAUGGAAACAGUGCAGAAGAAGCUCCUAGUGUCAUUAUUAGCAUUGACUUCGGAACGACGUUUACAAAAGUCGCCUACGUCCUCCUCCUCGCCGACGUGAAGAAGCAGCAACAUGUGAUACACUCCAUCGAGGAAUGGCCUGGUGCAAUGGGAGAAGAGACAAGCAAGGGAUGUCCGUCGAUGGUAAAAUACGAGGAGGAUGGAUCGAUGAAGUGGGGGUGUGAAAUCGAUAGAUACACCGAGGGACGGAUCGAGGCUUUGAAAUCUCUUCUUGAUCCGACUUCGAAGCCGCCUACUUAUUCUUCGGAUAUGGAUAGUGGGGAUCUACGGGCUAAGUUGGGGAAGCCGGCUGUGGACAUUGUCUCGGAUUUCCUGAGAGCGGUUUCUGAACAUGCCUUGAAGAGUAUUGCGUCGGAGUAUCCGGAAGAGUUCAUGGAGGGGUUGGAGAAGGAGUUCAUCCUGACUGUUCCUUGUGGCUGGCCCAAAGAGGCCAAGAAGUCGUUUCUGAAGGCGGUCGUUAAUACAGACAUCUCGCCUGUGGUGUUGAUCCCUGAGCCCGAAGCGGCUUCUAUACAAGCCAUGAAUGAGCUUGAUCGAAAGGACUGGGAUGCCAAGGCCCCAUUUAUCAUCUGUGAUGCUGGUGGCGGUACGGUGCAUUUGGUCACCUGUGGAGUUAUCGAAGCAGAGGUGGAGGCGCUGGUUAAAGCAACAGGUGGAAAUUUCGGAUCUUUGAUGUUAAACCGAAAGUUCCAUGAGCAUAUUGAGCAUGCUGUUGGGGAGCAGAACUGGCUCAAGGUCCUGGAAGCCGGUGCUCUGUCACAUGUCAUAAAGAUGUUCGACGAUCAAGUCAAGAGCAAGUUUCCCUUGAUGCAUGGUGGUGAUGGCRACGAGAUUCUUGUCUGUUUUCCACAGGCCAAGUUGGAGGACGAUUUAGACAAGGGACUUGAGCGAAGCUGUCUUUCUGUCUCGCGCGAAUCUUUGCAGGGAAUCUUCGACUCUGUCGUUGAUGAGAUUGAUAAGUUGGUCAAGGAGCAGCUCGAGACGAUGAAGUUCACGAGGCUACAAGAGCUGCGUGAGGGCAAUGGGAUGUGGAAUGAGAUAGGGAAAGUCAAAACUGUAAUACUCACGGGAGGAUUCGGAAACAGUGAUUAUCUUCUCCAGCAACUCCAACUGAAGAACCCCCGACUUUCAGUCGUGAGGGUUCCCGAGCCGUGA